GGGUACAGUUACCUUUCCCUUCAAUCCCCCCCCGUAGAGAAUCUGAAUCCACCAUCUAGGAGCACUUCACCAUGUCCAUUUCCGAUCCCCAACCUCCGUAUCCCCUUCACCCUUCGGUGCAAGACAAACUCGAUCCCGAGUAUGUCGCCUUCUAUAACCAGUAUGUCUUCAACAAGCAGCAGGUCCAUUUGCAGCCCGUGGCGGCGUCGCGAUCGAGCGGGGUCCUGAUCCCUGGGGGUGGACCCGUCCUGCCCGUCGGCCAGACCAUCGAUCUUCGCAUUUCGCGUCGUGCCACCGAGGGCCCCGAGGUUCCCGUGCGGGUGUUUGUACCAGAGGGCACAGCGCCGUCGUCCGGAUGGCCGGUCAUGCUGUACUUCCAUGGUGGGGGAUGGGUACUGGGCAACAUUGACACGGAGAAUCCGGUCUGCUCGAACCUGUGUGUGAGAGGGCGGUGUGUGGUGGUGACGGUGGAUUAUCGUCUCGCCCCCGAGCAUCCCUGGCCGGCUGCCGUGCACGACUGCUGGGAAGCCCUCCUGUGGCUGAUCUCGCAAGGACCCGCGACGCUCCCCCUCGAUGUCAGCAAGCUCGCGACCGGGGGCUCGUCAGCGGGCGGAAACCUCGCCUGUAUCAUUACACAAAAAGCCCUGACGCUGUCGCCGCCCGUCCGCUUCCAGGCCCAGCUACUCUCGGUGCCGGUAACGGAUAACACGGCCGCGGUGGCCACGAACCAGGCCUAUCGCGAGUACGAACACACCCCAGCUCUCCCCGCAGCGAAGAUGCUUUGGUACCGCAACCAUUAUCUGCCGAACCCGGCGGAUUGGAAUCACCCCGAGGCAAGUCCCUUGUUCUUCACCGGUGACUGGUCGGCCCUGCCCCGGGCCUUGGUCAUGGUGGGUGAGCUGGAUGUGCUCCGCACCGAGGGGGAGGAGUAUGCGGAGAAGCUGAAGAACGCAGGCGUGCCAGUCGACCUGCAGGUCAUGAAGGGCAUGCCGCAUCCCUUCCUGGCUAUGGAUGCCGUGUUGAAGGAGGGGAAGAGAUCCAUUACCUUGAUGUGUGAUUUGCUCAAGGAGGUGUUUUGGACCAACCCUUAAGAAUUUAGAUAGGUUGGAACAGGACGUAGCUAGGCUAUCUACUUUGGAACCAUCCUUGGUCAAUACCUGAAUCUUUGCCUAGUCUCCCUUUCCUCCUAUAAGCGAUAUGAAGUUUCAUUUCCUCAUUGCUAUUGCGAAUUAGAUAAUUCUUUUGCUUAGAUACUUUUAUACUUCAAAGCUCAGAUUAUCUUAUCGACGAUAUGACUAGGAACCGUAAUAAUUCAAUGCAUU